CGUCCAUUCGCAGCCGGAGUCGGGUGUCCCGGGUAGCUUGAGGACACGGGGCUGGGCAGGUGCCGAGAGCCCGCCGCCUCGCUCCCUCCUCCCUGUUCUUGCCGCUUGGCCCCACCCCGCCUGGCCGAGCCACUCGGCGCCGGAAGCGAGGGGCCUCCGGGGCCUACGUGUGGCACCCUGCUCCGCUUGCGCCCACGCCGUCUGCUCCAAUUGCUUUCCCAACCUAGCGGCAAAGCCGGGGGCGUGUUGCCGGGGCCCUGGGAAGCGGGGCGCAUGGGCACUGUGCCUGGAGUCUGUCUCUGCGCCUUCCCGCCCACGGGGCGUCCGGUCACGGUCCCUGAAGCCCCAGCCUGCCUGACCGGAACCCAUACUGACGUCAAGGGACACCGGGUUCCCUAGGAGCCGCCCCAGGCUUAAUGAUUGUCCAGAAGGUGCCUAUAAAGGGAGCCUGGGAGGCUGGUUGGAGGAGGGAGCAGAAAAAGCCCAACUCAGCAGAUCUGAGCACUUGAGAGACUCAAUCAGGAGCCGUGGUCAGAGGCUCUGUGUCCCGGCCAGUAGGGCCUGCUCUUUCCCACCAUGGCGGCCCGAGGCUACGGCUAUUACCGCACUGUGAUCUUCUCGGCCAUGUUUGGAGGCUACAGCCUGUACUACUUCAACCGCAAGACCUUCUCUUUUGUCAUGCCGUCGCUGGUGGAGGAGGUCCCUCUGGACAAGGAUGACUUGGGGCUCAUCACCAGCAGCCAGUCGGCAGCCUACGCCAUCAGCAAGUUUGUGAGCGGGGUGCUCUCUGACCAGAUGAGUGCUCGCUGGCUCUUUUCUUCCGGGCUUCUCCUGGUUGGCCUGGUUAACGUAGUCUUUUCCUGGAGCUCCGCAGUACCCGUCUUUGCUGCUCUCUGGUUCCUCAAUGGCCUGGCACAGGGGCUGGGCUGGCCCCCAUGUGGCAAGGUCCUGCGGAAGUGGUUUGAGCCAUCUCAAUUUGGCACUUGGUGGGCCGUCCUAUCAACCAGCAUGAACCUGGCUGGAGGGCUGGGCCCCAUCCUGGCAACCAUCCUCGCCCAGAGCUAUAGCUGGCGCAGCACGCUGGCCCUGUCUGGGGCACUGUGUGUGGUUGUCUCCUUCCUCUGUCUCCUGCUCAUCCACAAUGAACCUGCUGACGUUGGACUCCGCAACCUGGACCCCACCCCCUCCAAGGGCAAGAAGGGCUCCCCGAAGGAGGAGAGUACCUUACAGCAGCUGCUGCUGACCCCCUACCUGUGGGUGCUCUCCACUGGCUACCUUGUGGUGUUUGGAGUAAAGACGUGCUGUACUGACUGGGGCCAGUUCUUCCUUAUCCAGGAGAGAGGACAGUCAGCCCUCGUGGGCAGCUCCUACAUGAGUGCCCUGGAGGUUGGGGGCCUUGCAGGCAGCAUCGCAGCUGGCUACCUGUCAGACCGGGCCAUGGCCAAGGCACGGUUGUCCAUGUACGGGAGCCCCCGCCAUGGCUUGCUGCUGUUCAUGAUGGCUGGCAUGACAGCGUCCAUGUACCUCUUCCGGGUAACUGUGACCAGUGACUCCCCCAAGCUCUGGAUCCUGGUGUUGGGAGCUGUGUUUGGUUUCUCCUCUUAUGGCCCCAUUGCCUUGUUCGGAGUUAUAGCCAAUGAGAGUGCUCCUCCCAACUUGUGUGGCACCUCCCAUGCCAUUGUGGGACUCAUGGCCAAUGUGGGCGGCUUUCUGGCUGGGUUGCCCUUCAGCACCAUUGCGAAGCAUUACAGCUGGAGCACAGCGUUCUGGGUGGCUGAAGUGAUCUGUGCAGCCAGCACAGGUGCCUUCUUCCUUCUACGAAACAUCCGCACCAAGAUGGGCCGAGUGCCCAAGAAGGCUGAGUGAAGACAGUGCAGGCUCUGGAGCAUCCUGUCCCACUUGUGGCCUCUCCGCUCCAUGGGGGUGGGGGAAGGGAGGGAGGGGACUAUCUGACUAGCACCUUUGACUUUCCCUUUCUGCUCCUUUUCCCUCACCCAAGUGGCGCUGGAAGUUAUCAGUGGCUAAUGAGGUCCCAGCUUCCCAUCUGAUCUCUAUUUAAAAGACAACCUUUGUUCUUGGACUCCAUUAGCUCCUAUUUCCUGGCUUCAAAGAGGAAACCCCUGCACUCAGGGAGUCUCCUGUAUCCUUCUCCCUCUCUUGGGCCCUGCCCUGUCCCCAUCCCACCCCAUCCUCACCUGAGGUGAGGCUCCUCCUGCAGCAGCAGGGCAGCGAUGGCCCAGGACUUCUGCCCUGAGGCCUCUCAGCAGGGGGCAACUGCUCCUGCCAAUACCUUGGACUCCAGGGGAAGAGGGUCACUCUCACCAAUACCCAGGGUACAGUAGGGGGGUAUGGAUGGGAGAGUAGAAAGACUUGUUACAGAAAAUUAAAACUAGAUUUGAUACUAAA